GGAGAAAGUGUGGGUAUAGUUGAUCUAUCCCAGGAGGUUGCCAGGGGAAUAGCUGCUGAUGCCACGUACAGGUUACGUCAGUCGUUGAAUGUAUGUGGCCAGUUUUUAAGACACAGCAAACGCCGAAGACUCACACCAGAUGAUGUCAACCGUGCUUUAAAAUGGAUGGAUGUUCAGGCAGUAGCAGGGUACACAGGUAGUGAACCUGUUGAAUGGUUGGGUGUUGGAGAGGUUGGUGUCCACAUCCCAAAUGACCCAACUGUUAACCUUGCAAGUACAGCCCUCAGUGGGGAUAUAUUUCACCAACCUGGUAGUCCGUGUGUCAGAGGUGAAUGGUUGAAUGUCAGUGGGCAUAAUUUGGUUAAAGCUGAAAACUGCGGCGAGGUUUUACCUUCACCCCAAACAUUACCUUCAGACUUCAUACAGUAUUACCAAACGCUCUUUACUGUCAUUGCAGGACAUUCCAAUGACUUGUUUAAGAUGAUGUGUGAAGAUGUGUCAACAUCACCUGGAAUCAGAUCUUUUGUGGGGCAUAUCAUUGGAGGUGUAGUUCGUGGGGCAAAUCGUGCUCGACAAAAGCCUUUCAUCUUAAGAAGACUUUUGUUGAUUACAAGAGCUCUCCUUGUAAAUCCUCAUAUUCAUCUUGGCCCCCAAAAUUAUGUAAGUUUUUAUUUUAUUUAUUUUAUUUUAUUAGUAAUGAAAGAACUCCAUUAAAAGAGAUCACAUCUA